GGCGUUAGCUUUCUUGAAAGAGCCCAGCUUCAAGAUGUGGAUCCCGACGUAUCAACAGCUCAUGGCACUUCUCCUCCUUGGCUCCCUAGUGGACAGCCAAUCGAUUCUCUGCAAAACUUGCCUGAAGGAAAAACUAUUGGGUUUACGCGAACGGAUAAGGAACGCUUUAGAUCGAAGACCAAUAAUUCAGCCUGUAUACCAAAAUCCUCAACCCGUCUACAUUCCAGUAAUUCAACCUGUUCCUUUGGUUCAACCGAGCAACCCAGAAAUCAAGCAGCAACAGUCACAGGUUCAAAAUAAUAAUUAUCAUUUAAAUUUUGAUGUAGCCAAAUUGAUCGAAAAGUUACAAAGGAAUCCUCUUUCGCAAGAUUUGGCGUUGCAAUUGAAGAAGUUACAAUCCAAUUCACAAUCUCAAUCACAGUCGCAGUCGCAGUCGUCGCUGUUGCAGUCACAAUCACAGUCGCAGUCACAGACGCAAGGACAGUCGCAGGGGCAAUCGCAGGGGCAGUCGCAGGGGCAGUCGCAGGGGCAGUCGCAGUCGCAGGGGCAGUCGCAGUCACAGGGGCAGUCGCAGUCACAGAGGCAGUCACAGACGCAGUCGCAGUCACAAUCGGACCAACUGCAACAACAGCAACAAAUAGAGUUGCAGCUUAAACUCCUUCGACAGUUGCAACAGAAACAGUUAGCAGAGCAGGCAACCCUGCAAUCUCAGUCACAAUCACAGACUCAAUCACAGACACAAUCAGGGUCACAGUCCCAGUCCCAGUCCCAGUCGCAGUCACAGUCGCUGUCGCAGUCACAAGUUGAUUUCCAAUCACAAUCGCUGCAAAAGCAAUUGCAACAUGUAAUGCUUCAGUUAAAGAUCCUGCGACACUUGCAACAGAAACAGUUAGAAAAACUCCGGCUAUCCCAGUCAGAAUCACUGUCACAGUCAGAGUCACUGUCCCAAUAUAAUUCUCAAUCACAAUCGCUGCAAAGGCAACUGCAACAAAUAGAGUUUCAGUUGAAGCUCCUGCGUCAGUUGGAACAGAAACAGUUGCAGCAAACUUCUAACGCCCAAUCGACGUUACAAUCAGAGUCACAAGCCAAGCAACUACUGUUGCAGUGGCAAAUUCUUCAACACUUGCAAAUUCUUCGAAAGUUGCAGCAGAAAAAGUUAGAAGAGCAGAAAUUGUCAAAGGAACAGAUAUACAAGCCGCUGCGUUUUCAUGAACUGGGCUUAGACGGCCAACUACGGCCACUGGGACCAGGACCAUUUGUUAACCUGCCGAUGCCUCUUCCUGCUCCUUCUGGCCAAAGCGAAUUUGAGAAGCAGCUAAAAAUAUUGCAAGAAUUGCAGCUGAAACAAAGGCAAGAAGAACAGGCUGUAGAGAUCCUAAGGAAAAAGCACCAACAGGGUACAAACCGGCGGAUAGAACAACUUUGGAAAUUGCACCUGCUGAAGCAACAACGGGAACAAAAUGAAAUUCAAAAACAAAUUGUCCGGCAGUAUAGGCGAGUCCAAAAACUGUUAUUAACUGGUAUAAACUUGAAGGCAAAGCAACAGUGGGCGGAAUAUCAACAACAGAAGCGUUUGAAUGAUCUUAAAAAUUGGAAGAAUCAGUUAGAGCAACUUGAAAAAAUUGGCAGCUCAAGCUCAAUAUCGAAUUCACAACAAAUUGAAGAAAGUUCUUUAUUGACAAGUUCUAAAAACCAAACGCGGCAACUUAGCUUAGAAAAAAUUGCCCAGCUUGUUGGCUCAGAGAGCGCAUCGCAUAAAAUUUUAGAAAGUUCUGGAUCUGAAAGUUCUGGUCUUCAAGAAUCUAAGCAACAAGAAAUCUCCCAAAGCAAUGCACAGCAAAUUGUUCAAGGUUCUCAAAGUUCUAGUCUUCACGAAUUGGCGAAGCAGCUUCAGUCAGAAAAAAUUGCCCAACUUGGUAGUUCAAGCUCACAAAUCAAUUCACAGCAAAUUGUUCAAGGUUCUGGAUCUCAAACAUCUAAUCUUCAACAAUCGCAGGUGCAAAAGCAAUUGCAGCAGCUUGACUCAAGCCAAGCUUCUGCAUCUCACAGUGUCAAUCUUGAAAAGCAGUCUCAGCAUCAGUCACAAAAAAUUGUCUCAAGCUCACAGGACAGUUUAAAAGAAAGUGUGCUAGAUAAUCUACAAAAGGCUGCCUCACAGGUUGGAGCUCAACAGGUGCAGUCACAGAACCUGGUACACAGUGUUGGUCAAGGCUCUGCUUCACUGGGACAAUCAAGUCUAUCGCACUCGCACUCGCAGUCACAAUCACAGAAAUCGGUCCACUCAUCAUCAUCUAAUUCAGAGACGAUCUCUCAGUCCCAAUCGCAAUUGGUCAAACAUGACGAUACCCUCGCUCCAUCCGACCAUGAUGUAUUGACCUAUUUAUUAUAAAGUGCCCACAAAACUGUAACAUUCACUUAAGUUCUCCCCAGGAGUGGACAAAAAUGUUAGGAUAUGAAUUUUCUUAAUUAACAAUUAAAACACAUUAUUUUAGUUUUAAUUAAUAAAAAUGUAUAUCUUAACAGAAA